AUUAAAAGCAGUCUGGAGCCGAUUUUCCCCAGCCAGCUCGAGCGCAGACCUGUCUAGGUGAGUCUGCCAGCGGUGCGCAAGUCCUGCACAGAGGCCGGCCAGAUUUGCGUCCAUCCUCAGGAAGAGAAAGCUGCGGAUUUAGAGGUCUCGGAUCCGAGCCGGUGGCUCUCCUCGGGGCCUCUCUCCUCUCUCCGCCUUCACCUCUCUCCCAAAUACCUCCUCGCUGGAGGCUGAAGGGAUUCCCACCCCCAGCUGCCUCCUCCGAGCCCCGCGGAGCAGCGGACUCCUCCCCUGGAAACUCCUCCGGGGCUGGGGAAGGCUUUGGCGCAUGCUCCGUACCUAGGGCAGGUUUUUGCUGCGGGUAGCAGGGCUCCUGUCACACCGGCUGGCGGGUUGUGGCGGUGCCAGCCAGGGUGUGCGAGUGUGCCUGCGUGCUCGCGCCUGGGCGGACCGACCCGGACAGCAGUGCGACUCUUCCCGGAGAGGCGGCUGCGCACAGGCGCCGCGCCCGCAGCCGCCGCGGGGGCUCCUCCGCAAACUUGCGGCGGGCGCCGUCUGCCCUCUCGGCUCCCGCGCCCGGCGACCUGCGGGCAGAGGCGCCGGGCGCGCGUUCCGAGCGCGGUGCCCGCGGCCGGCCGGGGCGGCGGGGCCGGGCCGCGCCUUCGCCCUUGGCCAGCGCCCUGGCGAGCCUCAUGCAGCCCCCGCGCUCGCGGCCGCAGCCGCCCGGCUGCCCCGGGCAGGUGCAGGACCGGAGCCGCGCUCCUCAGCGCCUGAGCGCCUGAGCGCCGGCGGCGGGAUGCCCCGCGUGGCCUGAGAGCGCGCGCCGCGCCCGGGCGGGAGCGGGGAGCGGGCCGAGCCGGGCGCCCCUGGGAGCGCAGGGCGCCCCACGCCGCAGCCGCAGCCACCCGCGCCGGCGCCCGCCUCCCCGCUCGGCUCGCAGGCCCCGGCGCUGCCAGCCCCGGAGUGCCGGAGUGCCGCGGGGCCGCCAGCCAGCCGCACGCCUCGCGUCAGGGGCAUGGAGGAGCGGCGGACUCGGAGCCGCGCCCCGGAGUCCCCGAAACUUCCGAGCGGGCGCCAGUCCGCGCCGCUGCCGCCGCCGCCGCUUCGCCUGCCGGCCUGAGAGCGGGACCAUGGAUGAAAGGUUCAACAAGUGGCUGCUGACGCCGGUGCUCACUCUCCUCUUCGUGGUCAUCAUGUACCAGUACGUGUCCCCCUCCUGCACCAGCUCCUGCGCCAACUUCGGGGAGCAGCCCCGCGCGGGGGAGGCCGGACAGCCGGCCGCCCCGAGUCCCGCCCGCCGGGCACAGGCGCCGCCGGAGGAGUGGGAGCGGCGGCCCCAGCUGCCCCCGCCACCCCGGGGGCCGCCCGAGGGCCCUCGGGGGGCCGCGGCGCCGGAGGACGAGGACGAGGAGCUCGGGGAGCCGGAGGAGGAAGAAGAGGAGGAGGAAGAGGAGCCGGACCCCGAGGCCCCCGAGAAUGGCUCCCUGCCCCGGUUCGUGCCGCGCUUUAACUUCACCCUGAAGGACCUGACCCGCUUCGUGGAUUUCAAUAUCAAAGGGCGCGACGUGAUUGUGUUCUUGCACAUCCAGAAGACCGGGGGCACCACGUUCGGCCGGCACCUUGUGAAGAACAUCCGGCUGGAGCAGCCGUGUAGCUGCAAAGCGGGCCAGAAGAAGUGCACCUGCCACCGGCCGGGCAAGAAGGAGACGUGGCUCUUCUCCCGCUUCUCCACCGGCUGGAGCUGCGGGCUGCAUGCCGACUGGACGGAGCUCACCAACUGCGUGCCGGCCAUCAUGGAGAAGAAAGACUGUCCCCGCAACCACAGCCACACCAGGUAAGAAAGGAUCAUUUUACUGCUUAUAUUUUUCUUUUGUGCUUCAGUUAUAUUUAGUAAGAAACAUCACUUCUCUGUUCCACUGUUGUCCUUUAAUAUGCUGAGAAUGUGCUCCUAAACUUGAAAACUGAUAUCUCUUAGGAUGCCUCCGAGAUGAAAUCUUUAAAUUAUUGAUGAUACAUGCUGUACGUUGUUAUUUAGAUCAUGUGUUGGUAUUUGUGUAUCAAGGCGUUUUAGUAAGAGGGAUGGGUUCCUAAAAUCAGACUGUAAAUUGAUUCGUCAUUCCCUGUUGACUCCUGUCAUAACUUCUGAUUUGAUGUCCAUUGGCAAUGCUGCCUUAUGUUUUCAAAGCUGAGCUUCCUUUUUUUCCACUAGCUUCAUUGCCAUCAAGUAGUUGGAUACUUACAAAGAUCAGGAAAAUGCAUUUGGUGAAUAAGGACAUGACCAUGAAGCCUUUUGUCAAUCAAAUCAUCUUUUAUGUUGUAAAUAAUCAGUACUGGCUGUAUGGUAGUGGUUUUUUUUUUUUUUUUUUUUUUAAGUGGAACAUGCAUUCAAUUAAAAUAAUAUUCUUGGCCACAUUGAAUGCUUCUACACCAAUUUUGCUUUUGGUGUAGGUGAAUAUAUUUCAUAACACCUACCCCAAAUUUUUGGAAUCCUUAAAAAUCAUUCCUUUUACCUUCGUGAGGAAAAUAGAUUUAAAAAAUUUCAAGAAUGUAUGCCUAAUGGAACUCUAUGUCUAAGACAGCAUGCUUGCUCUUUGACGUAUGUGUGUCUUAUAUACUGAAGAGGCCGGCUGGCAAUGUGUGAUGAUAUUCAGAAAGAGUCAUGAGAAAUAAUAAAUGAUACUACAAUGGGCAUGCGAACCAAGCCAUACCGUUAGGUUCUCUAAGAUCUAUCUUUAUAUUAUUGAAGUAAGAGGAAAUAGCAUUUCUAGCCUCUAUUAGCUUUCUUCCCCCAAAGAACUGCCUUUGAAGCUAUGAUUUAAUGUUAUAUCUUCAGCUUUUAACCAGGCUUUUUAUAGCAAAAUGACUACUUACAGAACAAACUACAGUUAGUAAAUAGCUCUUCAUGUUAUUUGAUGGCUCUUAAUUCAUCAAGACACACAAUAAACUUACAAGAUUUUGUGCCAGGAAUUUUUUUGCCUGUAUAUGUACAAACAUACAGUUUUUCUCAAAUUAGGAAAAUAAAAGAAAAUCUGCUUCUAUUUUUGACUCCUAACUAAGAAACUUAGAUUUAAAUUUUAUUCUUAAUUAUAGUAACUAGUUCAUCGUAGUUCCUGGUGAAAUUCUUUUUUUUAAAAAAUAUCUUUCCAUGUUUUCUAAAAACACCCAUCAUUUUAAUAGCACUGCUUAUGGGUGUUGUAAUACCAUGAGUCUCUAUCGUUAGUCAACAUUAUAAAUGGUAAAUAAUGGUAUGGAUCAUAGUAAGACCUAAUAUUCUUUAAGAGUUUCUCAAAUAGCAUGCCCUGAUAUUAACUUGUUUAAAUCACAUGUGUGUACUUCUUGUCUGUUUGAACAGAUUUUGUUGAUAUUUAGGGGAAAGAGUACAUUUAUAUCAUAGCGUAUCAGAUAAUAAUACUCUUAAAAUAUCCUCCUCCGUGUAGCUCAGUCUUUUUUCCUCUCUUCUUCUUACUUCUGUCCCUUCCUUCGUAUGUAUAAAUAUAAAUUUCACUAUGUUUUCUUAUGUAGAACGAGUUAGCUCCAUUUAGCCUUUCCACUCAUACUCAACUCUGAGUCUUUCUUUGCAUAUUAAAGAAACCUGGAAAUGCAUUAAAUAAGGACAAGGGUGUUACAUUUCUGAGGAUUAGGUCUUUCAGUUACAGAGGCAAUAAUUAUAAUCAAUGGUACCAAUUCUGGAGUUAGAGUCAUUGAAACAUACUUGGAUUUGGCAGUAGCUGAACUUAAUGCAAUAGGAAAACAUACAUAAUUAGCUCAGCCCCAGAAUGUUAAUUCUAGAACUAUUCGGUGUUUGUGGUGUGCAUCAGAAUAAGGGCAUCUGACAUGUGUUUUCAUGGUAGGAGAAGGAUGGACAACAUGUGCACCCUAAUCUGAACCUCAGAGAGUGAACUGAAGUCUGAACUGUCCCAAGGAGUUCAGCCAUACACAGAUAUUUUCAAUGUAUUUUUAAGGGUCGUAAAUAGAAAUAAAUGUGCAAGGCAGAAUUUUAGGGAUAAUAAAAUGAAUAAAAUGAAAAUAGUAUUGCAGUGCUGAAAGAUUUAUGAGAUGACUGUUUUGCAUUGACCAGACUAAGAACGCAUUUAAAAUAUUAAUAUGUGUACAUAUUACGGUUCUGAAAUGCCGAGGAUAUUUAAAUGACAUGAUUAUAGACCCUGUCUUCCUAAGUACCACACAACUGCAUUUCAUGGCUAUGAUAUCACUUGAGAGACAUAUUUUAUUGGCUCCCCUGUAUCAUCUGAUCUAUAAAUAGAACUCCCUAAAAUGUCUACAGAGUGGUAAUCUAUUAAAUACAGGAUUUUCCACAGCAUUCAUUGGGUAGUAAGCAAACUCAUAGCUAACCCCCACUCUGUUUCCACUAUUGUGUUAACACAGGCUAACCUGCUUCAAAUCUUCAGUCAUAUUGUGCUAUAUGUUGUCUUAGCAAUCAAUACUGGGUCCAUCUGGACAGCCUGGGUGAGCCAUCUACAGUGCAAAGGACACUUGCUGCCAUUGUGUAUUUAGGACAUGAGUGUGUGGCUUAUGACUGCUUAUGAGCUAUUCUGAACACUUAUCACAAUGACUUCCUUGAUACUCAGUCUGGGGUUACCGUAGGGUAGAAGUUAGGUUUUAACAUAAUUUAUCUUCUUGGACCAGUUCUGAAGAAGACCCAUGUUAAUCUGAAGAUUAUACUUUAGCUAAUCAAGUUCAAAUAGAUUCCAUUUAUUUGAGUGAAUUAUCCCAUUAUUUUUGCUAACUAAAUGCAUUUUGAAAGCUAAAAAAAAAAAAAAAAAAAAGUGACCAUUGCUGAAAGUUAUUCCCAGCACCAUAAGCUUGCCAUCUGGUAUUUAUCCUCAUGGUUAUUGUUUUAGUGUUCUGUGGUAGGUUGGAGGGACUCAGGGACACAUUUCGUACCACCAUUAAAGAAGAGCAGGAAAAGUGGAGAGAUAUUUUGUUUUCAAAAGGAGGAAGGAGAUUUUCCUGUUACAUGGUUAUUAGUAACUUCGCAAUUAUAAUAUUAAUGGGCAUAAAAUACCCAGAACAGUGCAGAUGUAUGGUUAUGAGACUUUGACAGGAGCACGGCAAGAUGGGGGUUCCCAGUUGUCUGCCCCUGAAUGUGUCACCUUUCGUAACUGCAUAAUCUGCGAUCACCUGCCUGCAUCCUCAGUUUGCAUACUAAUAGGCCUCUGGGCCCCAUUGGGCCAGUUACAGUGGUGAGUUAUACCCUAGCUGUUAGCAAUAUUUCCUAGUAGCCAGUUUGUAAACACAUAGCCUCUUCCAGUCUCAGUGAUGUGAUAAACCCUUCAAUGAGACCAUGGUCAUGAUACCUGUGCUCAUCUUGCCCUCAUUUCCAGAUCUCUCAAUUCCAGCCACUCUUGCUCAGAAGUGUGUCUCAAGGAUCUCCUGGGCAACUUUGUUAUUGCUUGCUUAUUGUUUCCCACCCAGGGAAUUAAUUCAUUGUACAGUAUGACUCCUAACUAAUGUUUAUUAAUAAAUCCUUCCACGGUACUUCCUCAACUAUUCUCCUUUGCCAGGUAAUCAAUAUAAACAAAUACAGAUCUUACAUUUUUUUAGAGUCAUGCCUCAUUCUGACUGCUGCUCAGUAAUUGGCUUGGCAUUCAACAUUCACGCAAGUCAUGUUCUCAUCUUUUCUUCCUUCCUUGUCUGUGCCUCCUGUGGAAGUACUUGGUACAUAGUUGUUCCCAGCACAUCAAAACUGACUUCACUUGAAUAAAAAAUCUCUAAUAUGUG